AUUUUGGUAGCUGAAAAUAUAUAACUUUUUAUAUACAAUUUUAAAAUUUUAUCUCUAAAUUCACUGGAGUGAAAGGUUAAAGUUAGCUAUAUCCGACUCUACAAUUUUUACGAACACAUUACGAGUAAAAGUAGACAUUUGUAAUCUGUUUUCAUUGCAGCGGCUGCGAGACAGUUCGACGUGUUUCUAAGAAAUUUGUAAAUUAAAUUCCUGUGAAUUUCUGUAAAAGUGUUACCAUAAAUAAUGCAAGACGAAAUACAGAAAACUUUUAUACGCUCUUUUGUGGACUAUCUUAAGCGACAGAUCGAUCUAAACGUCUUGUCGUCAGAUGCCCAAGAAAGUGUAGAAGUCGCAGUUCAAUGUCUUCAAGCGGCGUUUGAUUUAGAAGAGCCAGAAGGUGAACAAAGUUCUAAAGAAAGUGCUGAAAAUGCACCAGCUGGCACUAGUGCAACAGAAAAAAUUGAAGCGAAGGAAAUUGACUUGUUUGAAAUGUUCCAGUCAUUGUAUAUCGAACGUAAACCUGAAUCAUUGCAAUUGGCUGAAACAAUUAAGAAUGAAGGCAAUCGAUUAAUGAAAGAUGGGAAAUAUAAUGAAGCACUAUUGCAAUACAAUCGUGCUAUAACGUUUGAUCCCAAAAAUCCAAUAUUUUACUGCAACAGAGCUGCUGCUUAUAUUCGUCUGGGAGAUAGUGACCGUGCAGUAACUGACUGCAAAUCGGCUUUAGUAUACAAUCCAAGUUACAGCAAAGCAUAUGGUCGUUUAGGUAUCGCAUAUUCCAAUUUAGGAAAAUACGAGGAAGCACAGCAAGCUUAUACUAAAGCUAUUGAACUGGAACCUGAUAAUCAAGAUUAUCGUAAUAAUCUUGAGGUUGCACGUAAUGCUCGCCGUCAAUUACCAACUUCUGCGCCACAAAUAACUGAAGGACUGUCUGCAAUGUUGUCAAAUCCAGCAAUACGUAAUAUUUUCAAUAGUGCUGAAAUUGAUUUGGAGCAACUACAGAACAUGUCACAAAAUCCACUAAUUAUGAAUGCUAUAGGACAAAUGUUUUCUAAUAUUAAUGGCGCCCCGGCUGCUGGUUCUCCCCCAAUACCUAAUGACAUGCUACACAUCUUCCAAUCGCUUGUUAAUCAUUUGUCAUCUGUUCCACCACCAAGUCCACAAAAUAACGGAGGAAAUAAUCGCAACAAUUCACAACAACCUCCUCCAUCUUCUUAGAGUUAAAGGUUAUUUUGCUUUCAUUUAUUUAUUAAUAUGUAAAGUUUCAUUUCAAAUCUUGAUUUUAGGCACGCCUUAAUUGUAUAUAGAUAAUUUUGGUAUGCUUGCUUGUAAAGGAAAUAUUUUAUAAUCACAAUACAUAUAAUCCAAAACUAUUA